AUGUUGCCAUCAAGAGAUGAUAUCGCCAAAUUCAUCUCCAUCGCCCCAGAGGCUACUGAAGGGAAGGCCCUUAUCUUCUUGCAGAUGAGGCAAUCAAUCAGUUCUACGAGAAUCCCAACAGAUACCCCAAUAACGCGGUUGCUGGAAGGCCCGAUCCGAGGGUCCAAAGCGAUGUUACUGACGCGCAAGCACUACCCCCGUCAUAUGAUUCGCACAUCAGCUCCGUGCACAGAGCUGAACAUGCUCCCCCACAAGAAUAUUGUCACUGAGGCUGGGGAUGUUCGAGCUCGAGAUGAGGCGGAGGAAAGCUGGACGCGUCGAUGUGCAGGAGAUGUGGUCCAAAGCAGUGAUGUAUCCCGGUUUGUCCCGUCACUCUCCGGCUUAGACGUACUACAACCACUAAUGUUUCGGAUAUCGUGGCGAGUAGGAGAGAAGGCUUAUCACGAUUGCUACCAGACGUCUGUUUUCUCUAAUAAUCCGUAUAUUCGGAUCCCCUCAGCAUAUGGUAUUGCCUACUCAGCCCUGCAACGUCCAGAUGCAACACGAUACACCAACUCCGUCCAGCAGACCAUUUCCCUGAAUGUGGCACUGAACAAGAAGGCGCAGGCCACAAUCGAUGCCAUGGAGCCACAAUGCGAUAUCUGGGCAUUAGAUGAACCGAACAAUGCCUCCGCUACCUCACGCCCCGUAGAAGACAGAACUGCUCCCACAGCAAGCAGCAUAGGACCAAUGAAAUCGUCCAAGUUAUCGAACUUUAGGAGGGCUCUGUCUAUCUCGUCAUUGCAAAAAUCAGGCUCCAAAGCAGGGGAUAUGUUUACUCGCGCCCGGGAGCUUCGACGGGCGAUUCUGGAGGAGGAAAAUGGUCGCUGGCCAGACUUGGAGUGGCGAAAGAUCGUAGUCGCCUAUCAAGAAAAGGUGGGCAUGAAGCGGGAAAUCGCCGAGCUACGAGCCAAACGCCCGAUCCAGUACCUGCACCUGCUUCGAGCAGGAUACUUUGAACCAAUCCCUAUAGCUUGGGCAACUCGUGCUUCAAACCCCUUGAAAUUCCGCAUCGACGGACUUUCUGGGUGGAGAGGCAUUACUCCGGCUUGGAGGGGGUAUGAAAAUACGGCCGAGGAGCGUCUAUAUUGGGUCCUUAACCAUAGAGAGGGAAGCACGGGCCCUCGCAUGAAGCCAGACGUUAUUUCUGCCUUGGAAAUGGCUCGUGCGCGAAUGGCCAGUGCCGUUGAGCCACCCCCGGCAUACUACUCCAUGGAUGAUACCUUCCGCCUUCAGCGUUUGCCAGAAAGUUACUCUUUGCAGGUGAUGCCGCCUCCUUUUACACCAUUUGACCAACCCGAAACGGCCAUGGAUAAUACUAUGAUCCUACUGGAUGUCUCUGGCUCGAUGGACUUCGACCCCCUUCGACCACUUUAUACUCAAUACCUAGUCACUGGGUUCGCCCGUUCCAAUCAACCUAAAAACAAGGAUGUUGCCAAAGCAAUCGUCCGCCGUUUCACAGAUGCAAUGUCCAUCCAUGACCAGAAUCUUCAUGGCUACCAGCUCGUUACUUUUGCUAACAAGGCGGAUUAUAUUGGUUUUAUCAAUCACUCGAAUUUCAAUGAUAUGUGGAGAAAUGUCAAGUUAGGGGGAGGGACCCGCGUUAUGACAGGAUGGCAGAAAAUCAAGGAUUUGCAUUUCCAGAGACAUUCUGAAUCCGCUACCUACCACCCUGUUUAUGGCUGGCAAGCAGGCCCGCAAACACCAAUGCUGAGGUUGCUGCUUCUGCUUGACGGUGAAGCCACAGACAUGGACGAGUUUGAACUUGAUCUGCUAGGCCUCUCUUGGGUUCAUGUCACCAUUUUUCUGAUUGGCGUGGAUGGGUGUCCGCACCACCACCGGCAUGCGAACGAGCUGCAAAGGAUCAGCGAAGUGAAUCCACAUGUGUCAUUUGUGGAUGCGCAGGGUAAUGCGCCAGAGCGAUAUGUCACACAUGAGCUACUGAAGCGGCAUCUGGGUAAACAUGACCCACCCAACUCCACAGUAGAACCCUCUAUCGCCACUCAGGGCGCUGAUGACCCUGCUGCUGCUGCUCGGACCGCCGUACCGGCGCGUGCCCCUCGUAGUGGACCGGAUGAUGCUGAUAUUGCGGACCGGGGUUGGCAUAAUGGGGUCCGUUGUUCGCAUACUGAGGGGCACCAUGAGGAGGGUACAUCUGUGGGUUGUUGUAUCCGUACUCAUGGUGUGGGACUUGUUGGACGGGAGGGAACUGUUGAGGGUAGGGAGGUUGCUGGUGGUGAUGGCAGCAGGAGCAUUGAUGACCCUGGUUGUCAUGCUUGGAUUGCUUUUUCUCUUGAAAUUCAUUGGCAGCCAUAG